GUUGACAGACGUUGGGGGUUUCCCCGAACUAAAGAUGGCGGGUAGUGCGGAGUCGAGCGAAGAACUUGUUUACGCAGUGAUAGGUAACAUACCGCCUGAUUAUCAUUCCUCGGACUUGAGAAAUUAUUUCUCUCAGUUCAUCGAAGGUAAAGGCUUUCAUUGUUUUCAUUUCCGACAUAGGCCCGAGCGCAGAAAAGAUGAAAACGCGACAUAUGAUACAACAACAACAUCACCCUGGUCGCAAAAACUUGAACAAGAUGAUACUAAGUCACGAAAGAAAGCGAAGAAAACAACGUGCUGCGUAGUGCAAUUGAAAGAGUCAAAACUAAAGGAACUUAUCCAGAUGUACCACAAGAAGCAUUGGCUUGAUAAGAAAGGAGAAUCCAUCGCUAGCCUGUGCAUCAUUUCAAAAUAAAAGUUGAAUUCUGUAGACUUGACGCAGGUGUACAAGACUCGACACGAGCAGAGAAAGAUCCCGGCAGAGAGAGAAGAAUUCACGGCAGAAGAUUUACACAAACUAGCUGAACUUCAUCCACCUGAUAUCAUGCCAAACGGGAAUGUCGGUACUCCCACAUUGGUGUUUUUAGAGUUUAUAAGACAGUGCAGAUUACCCCCUGCUGUGAUCAAGAAACUUGGACUCUCCUUCCCCAAAACAAGAACUAACAAAAAAUAUGGGAGUGUUCCAUUUAAUUAUGGUGGUGAGCUGGUGGAGGAGGCAGAUUUUUCAGAAGAAGGUGAAGACACUGUUGUAAAGACAGCCGAUGGGAAAGAAAUUCACAGUGAAGGGACGGUAACUGUAAAUGCCCUGGAAGAAGAAACACUCUUCCAUGGAGACACGUCAGGAAAAUCUGCCUCAAAAGGAAAAAGAACUGAAAAGGAAAAGCGAAAGCAGAUGAUGUCAGAAAGGAUUGAAGAGAAGAUGAUUGACAGAGAGAAAGGCGAUCAAUCUGAGGAGGAUAAUGAUUCCUGCGAGGAAUGGGAGCGUCAUGAGGCACUGUAUGAUGAUCCAACCAAUCAGGAGAGGAAUAAGGAGCGAUUGUUUGAGGAGGAAAUAGAAUUAAAAUGGGAGAAGGGUGGUAGUGGGUUGGUCUUCUACACGGACGCACAGUACUGGGAUGCUAAAGAAGGAGACUUUGAUGAGAAGACGGCUGAUGACUGGGAUGUAGACAUGAGUGUGUAUUACGACCCAACAGGUGGGGACAUGGACUCGCGAGACUUUGUGAGGAUGAGACAGGAGCAGAGGCGAAGGAACGGCACUGAAGCGACCGACUCUCAGACAGCAGGGAUAGGUCGAUUCGAGCUUCACACAAAAGGCUUUGGCCGCAGGAUUUUAACCAAACAAGGAUGGAAGGAUGGGGAAGGAUUGGGUUCCACUAUCACAGGGAUGGCUGAGGCUUUGGAGAAUGAGGGGCAAAACCCAAAAGACAGGAAGGGAUUCGGGUACCGUGGUGAGAAACUGGUGCGUUACGCAGGCAAAAAGCGAAGAGCCCAUAAAGACGUGAUAAUCUCCACGAUUUAUGAUGACCCGGCAGAAACUGACCCCACAGAACCAUUGCUCAGGCGACACGAACCCUAUGGGCUGAAGUAUCGAGAGAAGAUUGUGUUCACAAAGGCGUCAAAAGAAUCUGACGGGGACAGAUGACAGCAGUCAUAGUUCAGGAAAGCAACCAGAUAGUUUUUGUACUCGUCCUGACAGUUGAUUGGCUGAAGCUGGCAUUCCUCAGCAGCUGAAAUAUUUUUUGUACACUAUCUUUUAUUAAAAGUGUUGAAAUUUA